AUGGCCCCGUCGAACUCGUACCGCCAGAAGUUCCGGUUCCUGACCAAGACUCGACCAGUCAGCAAAAAGUUGUCGUUGUUGUUGUUGUUAGUCAGCGUGACGUCGACUAGGCGUACGCGUGGCGUGGUGGCUCGACCGAGCACGAGGAGGGUUGCGGCUAGGGUUGAGACGAAGAUUGCGACUAAGUUUGUGCUGCUGUUGGUGUAUAUUGUUUGGUGGCUUCUUGGCAUGGAGGGUGGGGCAAGGGGGUCUGUGAACGCGUAUAGUCGUGGGAAAAACCUUGGAUUUCUAGAAGCUCGUCAAACCAGAUAUGGUGUACCUGAAAUAUUGCAGCUUGCAGAUGAUGAAGCAAGAUCAGGAAAUGUUCCUUCACGAAUCGUCACUGCACAAGCUGGAUGGAUGACAGAUAUUCCCACAAAUUUCAGGAUUAGGAUUAUUCAGCUCGAGUGCUAA